AAAUAAUGUUUAUUUUUUGUAGUAAUACAGCCCACCCCCCCCUUCUUUGUAUAAUGGUACAGCGCAAAUUAAUUUUCCCAGUCGCUUCCAUGACAUGUUCCGGGCUGUCAGAAAAAUGUAAAGCUGAUUGAGCGUAACAUCUUUAUAGCCUCUAUUAUGAUGUUGAUACCUGGGUUCUUAUGAGUUUUAAAUUGACCUCAAAUAACUCACAACAAACAACAAGAAUUUUGCCAAUAUUUGGAAAAAUACGUUGGUUUUAGCGUAAAUGAGAUGCACUGAACAAGGCUGGUUAAUAUCAUUACUUUGUAUUCUGUGUUAGCUAAAUAUUUUUAUUUUAGAUAUGAAUCAGUCAGUCGUCCAGUACAGGCCACUUCUUCCUCCAGCUACCACAGCCCAGUCGACACUUGAAAUAAAAUUGUUUCCUCCAGAUCGCUUUCACUACACGGUCGAUUUUUACUAGUAAGUUGGAAAUCUGAGUUUACUGAGGAGCACUUGAAUGCAGCAUGGCUUUUUGCCAUGGUGGGCCUUUUUUUUGCUCGGUUGCUUCAGCGACGUGCGACCCCUAUCUGCCAGAGCUGGACACUCCCAGUGGAGGAGAGGAGGAAACCAGUGAGGAAGAUGCUGUCAUCCGUUGUCACCGACCUCAGUGAAUGACAGCAGCGUGAACAUGGAGUCGUUUUGAAUUAUUCUCCUGUAACUUAUUCAAGCCACCUUUCUCGCUCUGUUUUGUUGUUUUUUUGGAGGGGGUGGGGGGGUGGGGGGCACUCCUCGGGAUGAUGAUGGCGUCCCAGUGCACGGAGCAAGCCGUGCAUGAGUUCCUGAUGGAGAGAGGAGGGAGGGUCCCACAGAUGGAGCUGAUCGAUCAUUUCUUAUCAGUUUUGGGGAAGAAUGACCAGUCUAAGGAAAGCGUGGAGCGUGAGAUGCUGACCCGCAUCGUGGACAACGUGGGAUUCGUGAAGGUGGAAAACGGCGUGACAUUUGUGUGUUUGAAAGCUGAAGGCAGCGAGGUGUCGGUGAUGCGUACGGACACAGACGGCCACGAUCACGCGGAGUGCAACGGUAAUAUCCAGGAGACAGUGGACGACAACAACUAUGUGAACGGCAACCCUGACAACGGAGACCAAACAGGAGCAUCCAGCUCACUGGCUGUCAGUCUGGACAAUGACAAACAGUCAAAUGGCAAUGGGCAACCUGCAGACCCCUCCCCGAAUAAUAAGACCAACACAGCAGCUCCUACCUCCAGUGGAGGAGGGGAGGUGAAGCUGAGGGAGAGGAGAAGGCGCGAGUCGGCCCCGGUGAUCGGGGUGCCAGAUCUGGACCAGGCUCACCCUGUGGGGUUGCACAGCCAGCAGGUGAGAGGGGCACGCAGGGUAUCCAAAGGGUCCCAGCGGGCCAUGCUGAUCAGCUGCCUAUCUGAGGACAGCGCCUUGGAAGGGCUGGACCCUAUUGGAGAUAUCAACACACCCAAGGGAAGUCGCAGGAACUUCAUAGAGCUGAUGAUGAGCAGUUCUCCUCAGGUUCGGAGGUCUCUGAUCAACCGUGGUUCACGCCUCCGGGACUCAGUGAAGAGCGAUGGAGAUUCGACAUCGCUCCUCUCCUCAGCCACUGAUGAGGAUUGCGCCUCAGUGACCCUGGACCCACUGGAGCACGAGUGGAUGCUAUGCGCCUCAGAUGGCCUGUGGGAAAGCCUGCAGCCCCUGCUCUCUGUGGAGCCUUGCCUAGUGGCCAAGAGAGACUUUGUGACUGGCUUUACGUGCCUCCACUGGGCGGCUAAGCAGGGCAAAGCUGAGCUUCUCUCCCAGCUGCUAGUCUUUGCCAAGGAGAACGCUAUACCUGUGAAUGUAAAUGUGAGAUCAAGUGCUGGAUACACACCGCUACACCUGGCAGCUAUGCACGGACACACGCAGGUGGUUCGGGUGUUGCUGUCAGACUGGGAGGCAGACCCUGAGGCGCGGGAUUACAGCGGUAGGCGAGCCAUCCAGUACCUGUCCCCACCACUGGCCGCUGACCUGCAGGAGGAGGGGGUGGUCCUCUCACCGGGAGCUGAGUCAGACAGCGAAAACACUAACAGCAGCAGUGGUGGAGGGCGCGGAUGGCGGUUUCCCAGAGUCCUCACGGGCAAUCUGAACCCGCUGAGGCUCCUGAACCCGCCUGCCGAGGCAGCAGAGGAAGCGUUCGCGACUGGAAGGACCAAGGGGGGAAUCCAGAGGAAGUCGUCCCUGAGCCGGCUGAACGCCCGGCUGCACAGAGGACGCCACCGAGCCCAGAUCAUUCACAGCGCCUCCUUCAGGGACCCGGGGGAAGUGGGGAGAGGAGAGGAGCUCCCCAGCAGCCCCCUCCGAACCCGACCACUAUCCAACCUGUUUGGAUGAAGUUACACAACUCUGAAACAACGAUGUAGAGAUAUAAACCAGAUUGACAUCUUUUGAUUUACAAAAUACAGUUUACUCACCUUUAUAAGCUGUCAGGUCAGACAUUUUUAUGACCAAAUUAAGAGUAUACAUCCUAAUAUAUCACGUCAGGCUGAUUUGAAAAGUUUUAUUAUAAUAGGAUUCUAAAUUAAUAGAUGACAAAUGUUUGUUUGUCUAAAAAUCUAACUUAUUUUUGUUCCUAUUGCAGUUGUUAGGCUUAUGUUGAUCACUGGGGAUAGGUCACAGUUCAUGUAGCAUUUUAUUUGACACAUUCACUGAGUUAAAACUGAACAUCUGUUCUGUGAAUUGCUUUUUACUUUUGUUUUCUUCAAUGUUUUUAGGCUCUCUGUUUCAGAGCAGAUAGCAAACAUUACACCAGGUGUUUUUUAGUUUUAAUACCUUACACUAGAACAAUGUUUACACAAAUGCAAAAGCAACAACCAGGAUUGUAUGAGAACUUUAGUUUCGACUCACAGCGGUGAGGGAUUUGAAAAUAACACUUAGGUUUGAUUCCACACAGUUAUCCUAAAUCUUUGUUUUUGUUUGCAGAGUAAAGUAAUAUAUUCAUAGAACUAAUUUUCUACAUUUCAACCUCCUUUGACUGGAUGGUGCUCACGUUUUUUGGUUGUUUUUUUUGUGUAAAUUUCUUUAAUGUGAAUGAAUCUUUUUAUUUUUCAGUAUCAGAUUUUAGUAUUCAAACUGUUAUAACCACAGAACUCUUGUAUGUCAAAACAACCAUGUGCAGUUGUCCUGUAUGCACUUGUCACUUUGAAGAUAGUUUGUGAUUAUGGGAGAAAACAGCUAGGUGGGGCACGGGGGGCUCCAGGCUGUCAUGGCUUUAGUUAGAUCGAGUAUCUUUAUAAAGACUGACACACAGUUACACAGUAGGACUGUCUCACAGGGUGGAAGCACAUGGAGAACCGAUGUUGUUUAUGUGAGUUUUUCUGCUGACUAUAAUGUACCUCAAAUCCUCCGAGUCUGGUUCACUCAGUGUUACAUUUCUUCAUGGACCUCUUAAUAGCAGACUGCUGUGUCUGUUUAACUGUUUUAGUUAAACAGAGUAGCACUGAUUUGUAUUACAGUAAAAAUGCAAUCAAAUGAACUGAUUCAUAUCCACCAUAUCAGUCUGGACCAGAUUUUAUACUUGCCCUAUAUUGGCCUCUUGUAUUGAUCUAACCUUGCAUGUACACAAUCAUUCGUUCAUUAAUUAUGUCAUAUGUGAAUAGUAAAGAGUCUAGACCAGUAUAUGCUGUAUGUGAGGAGCACAUUGACUUUUUGACUGUUUUCCCAAAUAUCUGAACCUUACUUAUACCUGACUAUUGGAUCAAUGACACAUCUUAAAUUUCAUGAAUGUUCCUUUAGUACUUUGUAGCAUUUGUACUCAAAUCAUAGGGCUUCAUGUACUUCUAUGGUUGACUCUUGAUGUAGAAAUGUAUUGUACAAACCUACCUUGGGGAAAUGUAAAUGCUGUGCACUGUUAUUUUUUAUGUCUGUAAGUCAUUGUUUACUGUGAUGUUAUGAUGUGAAUACACUGUUACUGAGCCACCGUCA